UUCUCACAGCGUUAUCCAUAUUAUCUUCCGUCUCUGUUCUCUUCAACGUAAAUUUUAUUUUAUUUUUUAAAAGAAAUCCUUUAACAGAAGAAAUGGCGUGUGCGAGCGUUGCAGCAAUUUCUUUAAAUUUCCAGCAUUUUCAGAAUCAUAGAGUCUCUUUCAGUAGCUGCUGCUGCUUCAACAGAAGAAUAAAGUUACGUUACAACCAGCAAAUUCUUAGUCACAAAGUUGUUAGUUAUACGAGGAAGCCGAUAUCUGCACUUGCUUCUGGUUUGGAGGCAUCUAUUUCAGAUACAGAUAGCAAAUUGAUAGCCUUGAAAGAUGCUACGAUCGUGGUCGAGUCUAGAGACGAAAACAAGAUACAGCUUCGAGUGGAUGUUACCGGGAUCGAGACACAAAAGGUAUUUAACAAGGUUUUGACGGAUUUGGCUCGUCAAGCGCCACCGAUUCCCGGAUUUCGUAGAGAGAAAGGAGGAAAAACAACAAAGGUUCCAAAAGAAGUCCUGUUACAAGCUCUUGGUGAAGACCGUGUUACAAAGUUUGUCGUGCAAGAAAUACUUACCUCCACUAUAGCUGAUUAUGUAAAAGAUGAAAAUUUGAAUGUGAGAGACAAGAAGGUUACCACAAGCCAGACAGCAGAAGAGCUCAAAGUUUCAUUUACUCCGGGGAAGGAUUUCGGGUUUAAUGCAGUGCUGGAAUUAGAAGAAGAAUCUGAAUCUGAAGAUUCAUAGGUUAACUCAUCUUACUUUCUCCUUGCUCA